GUCGACAGCGUGGAGCACGGCUAUGGUGCCCAGGUACCAGUGUGGAGCAAGGCUAUGGCGCCCAGGUUGACAGCGUGGAGAACGGCUAUGGCGCCGAGGUGGCCAGUGUGGAGCACAGCUAUGGCGCCCAGUUAAGUACCGCUGACGCAGGUCGACAGCGUGGAGCACGUCUAUGGUGCACAGGUACCAGUGUGGAGCACGGCUAUGGCGCCCAUGGCGCCCAGGUCCACAGCGUGGAGAACGGCUAUGGCGCCCAGGUACCAGAGUGGAGCACGGCUAUGGCGCCCAGGUCGCCAGUGUGGAGCACGGCUAUGGCGCCCAGUUAUGCACCGCUGACGCAGGUCGCCAGUGUGGAGCAUAGCUAUGGCGCCCAGAUAAGUACCGCUGACGCAGGUCGACAGCGUGGAGCACGGCUAUGGCGCCCAGGUACCAGUGUGGAGCACAGCUAUGGCGCCCAGGUCGACAGUGUGGAGCACGGCUAUGGCACCCAGGUACCAGUGUGGAGCUUGGCUAUGGCGCCCAGGUUGACAGUGUGGAGUACGGCUAUGUCGCCCAGGCUCCAGAGUGGAGCACGGCUAUGGCACCCAGGUCGAAAGCGUGGAGCACGGUUAUGACGCCCAGGUACCAGUGUGGAGCACGGCUAUGGCGCCCCUCUUCUUCUUCUUUUUUUUCUUCUUCUUCUCCUUCUCCUCCUUCUCCUCGUCCUCCUCGUUCUUCUUCUUCCCCUUCCCCUUCCCCCUCCCCUUCCCCUUCUUCUUGUGGUUGUGGUUGUGGUUGUGGUUCUGGUUGUUGUUGUGGUUGUUGCUGUUGUUGUUGUUGUUGUUGUGCGGGUCGACAGCGUGGAGCACGGCUAUGGCGCCCAGGUACCAGAGUGUGGCACGGCUUUGGCGCCCAG